AUGCCUCCAAUUAAUACAGUCCCAAAGCCUGCCCAAUAUAAGCAGUCUUCAAGAAAGGGUAAGAAGUCUUGGAGAAAAAAUAUCGAUUUAACUGAUAUUGAAUCUGGUAUUGCAGAAAAUAAUGAAAAGGAAAUUCAUUAUGGUACAAAUGAUUUAUCAAAAAUUAAUAAUGAACAAUUAUUUAAAGUUGAUUCCGAAGGUGAUGAAAUUUUGAAACAAAAAUUGAUUAAAAGAAAACAAAUUAAAAAGAACUUGAAAAGUACUGAAAUUUUAGAUUCUAUUAAGACAAAUUCUAAAGUAAGCCCAUUAUCCCAUCCAAAACAUGACUCUAAAUCGAAAAAACAUGGUAAUGUUAAUAAAAAGAAGAAGGUCCAAGGUGUCAGCAAGAAAGAAUUAGCAAAACUUAUGGCUUUGGCAGGUAGAAUUGAUGGUGAAUCAGGAAUUAAAAAUCGUCUUGCCAAGGAUGGUUUGGUUAAAUCUGGUAAUAAUGAUUUAUGGGAUGCUAAUGAAAAAGAUGCUAAGUCAGAUGACAAUACUAAAAUGUUACCAUCAGGGAUCAAGAUAAAAUUAUAUAGAAAAAAUAGUAAUAAAAAAGUUGAAAUCCCAGAAGAAUUGCUAGUAAAUUCAUCAACUUCAUGGUCUAUACCAAAAGUUAAGCCAACUACAUUGGAUAUUGAACCAGUAAGAGUUAAGGAAUAUAAGGAUUUACCUCAUUCUGGUAAAUCCUAUAAUCCAGCUUCUAAAGAUUGGGAGGACUUAAUUCAAGAAGAAUAUGAAUUAGAGAAAGUUAAAGAAGAUAGAAGAAUUUCAAUUGAAGAAUAUAAGACUAAAAUUGCAAAAUUAAUAAAAACUUUAGAUGACGAUGAGUUAAAGGAAUCUUCAAGCGAUGAAGAAGAUGAAGAUGAAAGUGAAAAAGAAGAAGAAGAAGAAGAAGAUGGAGAAAUUAGAUUAUCAAUUAAUAAGAAAGUUGAGAAUAAAAAGAAAACAAAACAACAAAGAAAUAAAUCAAAGAGGCAUAAUGAAAAAGUAUCAUUACAGCAAGACUUGAAGAAAUAUAAAAAGCAGUUAAAAGAAUUAGAAAGAUUAGAUGAGAUUGAAAAAGAACUUGAAGCCGAAAAGAAAGAUAAACUAGAGAAAGUUGAUAAAAAAUCAACUAUUCGUUAUAAGAAGAAUCACAAGUUGGGUACUAAACAUAAGGUAAGGGAAGCUAAUUUAGAAGUUAAAUUUAAGGAUGAAUUGAGUGAUUCAUUAAGAAAAGUAAGACCGGAAGGGAAUUUAUUGUAUGAUACAGUUAGAAAACUACAAAGUACAGGUAAAAUGGAAAGCCGUGUUAGAGUCGCUAAGGGUAGAAAAUAUAAACCUAAGAUUACUGAAAAAUGGACUUAUAAAGAUUUUAAAUAA